AUGCUCUCACUGGCUGCUACAAAGGGCUGGAAACUGACGCAGUUAGAUGUUAAAAACGCCUUUCUGCAUGGUUUUCUCGAUGAAGAAGUGUACAUGUCUCAACCACAAGGGUUUAUUGACAAGGAUCAUCCAGAUUUUGUAUGCAAAUUAGAACGGUCUUUGUAUGGCCUCAAACAGGCUCCUCGUGCUUGGAAUGAAAGAUUUUCGAGAUUUCUUCUCAGUUUGGGCUUCAAAUCCCCCUAUAUCGAUCCUUCCUUAUAUGUCAAAAGUGAUGGUCCUUCCCUUGUUGUGUUGCUGUUAUAUGUUGACGAUAUUAUACUCAGUGGUGAUGAUGAUGUCCAUGUUCAGUCUGUGAUCAAUCAAUUAACCAGGGAGUUCGAUAUGAAAGACUUAGGAGUCCUACACUACUUUCUUGGGCUGCAAAUUGAGUAUCAACCUCAGGGCUUGUUCAUUCAUCAGUCCAAAUAUAUAAAGAACUUGCUGCAUAAGGCGCAUAUGUUUGACAGUAAGCCUUGUACCACUCCAUGUCAUCCUAAUCAAAAGCUCUUAAAUCAUGGUAGUCUUCCAUUUCAUGAUCCCGGUCUUUAUCGAAGUAUCGUCGGGGCAUUACAGUAUCUGACUUUCACUCACCCUGAUAUAGCAUAUUCUGUAAAUCAGGUAUGCCAGUUUAUGCAUUCUCCUCUUGACAGUCACUUUGUUGCUGUAAAACGCAUACUGCGGUAUCUCAAAGGUUCUUUGGAUCUCGGUUUGUGUUUUAAACCUGGUAAUUUGGAUAUAAGAGCUUACACAGAUGCUGAUUGGGCUGGGGAUCCCAAUGACCGACGGUCAACCACUGGUUUUAUUGUGUUUUUAGGUGAUAAUCCAAUUUCCUGGAGUUCAAAGAAACAGCAUACAGUUAGUCGUUCUUCCACUGAGGCAGAAUAUAGAGCAAUGGCAACAACCACUGCUGAAGUUGUGUGGAUUCAGCAAUUACUCCAGGAUCUGUCUUUAUCUCCGUCAACAACUCAUUUACUCCAUUGUGACAAUAUAUCAGCAAUGGCUUUGGCAACCAAUCCCAUUCUGCAUUCUAAAGCUAAACACAUAGAGAUCGACUGUUAUUUUGUGCGGGAACGAGUGCAGCAAGGCACCAUUAUGUUGCAGUUUGUUAACUCCUCCGACCAGUUUGCUGAUAUCCUUACAAAGGGUCUCUGUUUUCCAUUGUUUAGUUCUCAUUGUAACAAUCUUAUGCUAGCCAAUGCCCAGCAUAAAAUUGAGGGGGAAUGUUAG